AAAUGAAAAGUGCAAUUGGAGCUUGCAAAAAGGAAGGUCAAGAUGCUAAAGAAGGUUUAGCGGAAACUGAACUGGGAUUUGAUCAUAUUAAUUAAUAUGAACAAAAAGAGAGAAAAGAAUGUAGUUUGUAGGCCAGGUAGAAGAAGAACUAAUUUUAUAGAAGAAAAACAAAUCUAAAUGUUAUAUCUUUUAUUUCUCUUGUCAAAAACUUGUAGCCCAAUUAUUUUUAACUCCUUAUGUAUUUCCAUUUUCAGUCUGUCUACAAGGAAAACUGACUCGAGGUAAUUAAGGAUAGAGAUCAAGGGGCAGAUUUUAUUUGUAUGGUGGUAAAGUUCAAAGGGCUCUUUGCUCCACAAGCGAUCCACUAAGACCAAAAACUUUAGGUGUACUCUAAAGUGUCACAUCCAAGUAUUUAAACCAUUAAAUUUGGGUGGACAAAGGGGAGGAUGUGGAAAGGGAAAUGAGAUACCAAAAACUGAUAGAUGUUUAAAAAAGAGGUAGUUUGGAAACUACCUUUUUUGAGACUGACAAUUAGGAAGAUACAUUUUUGGCAGUAUAUACCACUGUUUCACUCUAAAAUCACCGUUGAACUGUUAUGUAACUUUCAUCUAUUUAUUUAAUUACUGAAUCCAUGCUUCAACAACCCAAGCCUAAGUAACACCAAAUAAAGGACUGAGAUUGAGGCUUUUUUUUUUUUUUUUUUUUUUUGAGACAAGGUCUCGCUCUGUCGCCCAGGCUGGAGGGCAGUUCUUCGCUCACUACCUCUGCCUCCUAGGCUCAAGCUGGGACUACAGACGCGCGCCGCCCCGCCCAACUAAUUUUUUCUUCUUCUUUUUUUUUUUUUUUUUGAGAGUCUCGCUCUGUCGCCCAGGCUGGAGUGCAGUGGCACUAUCUCGGCUCACUGCAACCUCCGUCUCCCGGGUUCAAGCGAUUCUCCUGCCUCAGCUUCCCGAGUAGCUGGGACUACAGGUGCGCGCCACCACUCUGUCUAAUUUUUGUAUUUUUAGUAGAGACGGGGUUUCACCAUGCCGGCCAGGCUGGUCUCCAACUCCCGACCUCAGGCGAUUCUCCCGCCUCGGCUUCCCAAAGUGCUGGGAUUACAGUCGUGAGCCACCGCGCCCGGCCUAGUUAAUUUUUUAAUUUAAUUUUUUUGUGGAGACGAGGUCUCACUAUUACCCAGGCUAAUCUCGAACUUCUGGGCUAAGCGAUCCUCCUGCCUCGGGCCUCCCAAAUUGUUGGGCUUACAGGCGUGAGCCACCGCACCUGGCGGAACAUUUCUACUCUAAUGAAAAUUAUAACAGUUUUUACAGUUUUCCUAGCUCCCAACUGUACCUAUAAGUUCAGAGUCCAUUUAAUGUACUUGUAAUAAUUCAGGCUGGUGUUUUAUUAUCUUUUCUACAUUAUUACCCUCUCAAAGAACAAAAGCAGGUAACUCCUAUAAAGUCUAAUAGUCUGAAAAUUGUAGUGUCCGUUUUCUCUUUAGCCAUAAAGUUUUGCUUAAAUGCUGAGUCGCGUUUUAAUGCUCUACUAGAUGUACAUAUAAGAAUACUAAAUGGAGGGAAAGUAAUUUUUUUCUUUUUUUUUUUUUUUGAGACGGGGUCACUCAGGCUGGAGUGCCAGUGCGCGAUUACGGCUCACCGCAGCCUCUCGACCUCCCCAGGCUCAAGUGAUCCUGCCACCUCAGCCUCCCCAAUAGCUGGGACUACAGACACGCGCCACCACGCCCGGCUAAUUUUUUUGUAUUUUUCUUAGAGACUGGGUUUUGCCAUGUUGCCCAAACUGGUCUUGAACUCCUGGGCUCAAGCGACCUGCCUGCCUCAGCCCCGCAAAGUGCUGGGAUUACAGGCGUGAGCCACCGCGCCCGGCCAUAAUUUUAUCUUAAUCACUUUUUUCCAGGAACUAUUACGUUUUAAAGAAUGAGGAAUUAACUGACAACACUUCAGGUUCAACAUGUAAAUAGGGACGCUCAUUUGAAAAUAAAUCACAUUUUGUCACAGUUGUAUUGAAAAAUCGGUAUUUCUGAACGUCAUUUUACCAUUACGGAAGUAUAACUCAGACACAAUAAAAUGUUUAAUAUACGGCUAGGAUUAGGUUAAGGUGAGAGAGGCGCCUAGAGCACAAAUUUUAAGGAGGCAAGACCACGACCCCGACCGUGAGCGCCUCCUUAACAUUUGCUCCCCAGGCGCUUCCCACUCCCCAGCCGGGCCCCGUCCUAGUUCAAUCAAUCAAGAAAAUCAAGAGUACGAAGGCCUUGUGCGGUCUGGACGGUCUUUCCACGUCUCAGGUGCAGUUAAGCCAGUCAUACUCCAUCCACCCUACCCGCCAUGAAAAAUUAUUUGUUCAGCAGGAAUUGCCAAGUCAAAUACAGCCAUAUAAAGCCCCCCUCCGACGUGCCAGGUGUGCCUCCGCAGAGCAGCCACCAAAACCACCAGCAGCCCGUCCGCGCCGGGAAAUGCGCCCUCGCUGGCUUACGGGGCCACUCAGACAGUUCUAAGUGCCUUUCCCUGUAACGCAGAGGCACACCUGCCUUCCCUCGGGAAACAGCGGCCCGACGUGCGCCGGCAACGCGUAAAGCGUCAACAGCUGAAACCCUCGGAAUCCUCCCCGAACAGAAACAACCACCGCUGCCAGCUGCGCGUUCGGGGGAAAAGACGUUGCGCCCCCGCCGAUGCCGGUUUCCCGGGCGCGAGCCCGGAUCCAGGUGGUCAGUCCCGGUACGCAACCACGGCGAGAACCCGGCCCUGCUAAGGGAGAAGGGAUGCCGUUUCCCGCGGGCUUCAUACAGACACGGUGCUAAGACAGCCCGAGUCGCGGACCAGUCCAACAGGCAGGCGGAUCAGUGGGCAGCCCGCGUGCGCGAGGACCCCGAUGGCGGCGCCGGGUGGCGGGAAGGAGGAAGUUUCAAAGCCAGCUUGACCUGGUUGUGGCCGCUGGGCGAGAUGAAGCUACACUGUGAGGUGGAGGUGAUCAGCCGGCACUUGCCCGCCUUGGGGCUUAGGAACCGGGGCAAGGGCGUCCGAGCCGUGUUGAGCCUCUGUCAGCAGACUUCCAGGAGUCAGCCGCCGGUCCGAGCCUUCCUGCUCAUCUCCACCCUGAAGGACAAGCGCGGGACCCGCUAUGAGCUAAGGGAGAACAUUGAGCAAUUCUUCACCAAAUUUGUAGAUGAGGGGAAAGCCACUGUUCGGUUAAAGGAGCCUCCUGUGGAUAUCUGUCUAAGUAAGGCCAAUUCCAGCAGUUUAAAAGGGUUCCUUUCAGUUAUGAGACUGGCUCAUAGAGGCUGUAAUGUUGAUACACCAGUUUCAACGCUCACACCAGUGAAGACUUCAGAAUUUGAAAACUUUAAAACUAAAAUGGUUAUCACAUCCAAAAAAGACUAUCCUCUAAGUAAGAAUUUUCCAUAUUCCUUGGAACAUCUUCAGACUUCUUACUGUGGGCUUGUCCGAGUUGAUAUGCGUAUGCUUUGCUUAAAAAGCCUUAGGAAAUUAGACUUGAGUCACAACCAUAUAAAAAAGCUUCCAGCUACAAUUGGAGACCUCAUACACCUUCAAGAACUUAACCUGAAUGACAAUCACUUGGAGUCAUUUAGUGUAGCCUUGUGUCAUUCUACACUCCAGAAGUCACUUCGGAGUUUGGACCUCAGCAAGAACAAAAUCAAGGCACUCCCUGUGCAGUUUUGCCAGCUCCAGGAACUUAAGAAUUUAAAACUUGACGAUAAUGAAUUGAUUCAAUUUCCUUGCAAGAUAGGACAACUAAUAAACCUUCGCUUUUUGUCAGCAGCUCGAAAUAAGCUUCCAUUUUUGCCUAGUGAAUUUAGAAAUUUAUCCCUUGAAUACUUGGAUCUUUUUGGAAAUACUUUUGAACAACCAAAAGUCCUUCCAGUAAUAAAGCUGCAAGCACCAUUAACUUUAUUGGAAUCUUCUGCACGAACCAUAUUACAUAAUAGGAUUCCAUAUGGCUCUCAUAUCAUUCCAUUCCAUCUCUGCCAAGAUUUGGAUACCGCAAAAAUUUGUGUUUGUGGAAGAUUCUGUCUGAACUCUUUCAUUCAAGGAACUACUACCAUGAAUCUGCAUUCUGUUGCCCACACUGUGGUCUUAGUAGAUAAUUUGGGUGGUACUGAAGCACCUAUUAUCUCUUAUUUCUGUUCUCUAGGCUGUUAUGUAAAUUCCUCUGAUAUGUUAAAGUAAUGGGUGAGACCAGAAAAAGAAAUUUCAAUAACAGAUCAGUUUGGGGUGCAUGUAUGAUUUUGCAGCGUCAAAUUGGAGUAAGGGAAGAUUUCUGUAUACUUGCUGGAGAGGAGGAAUGUGUAUAGUUACUCAUUUAGAUGACUCCAAAACUUUUAUUAAAACCAAUUUUAAUUUUA